AAAGUCUGUGUCUGCUGGCAAAUAAAUGGAGCGACCGGAACAACGAUUGCAGCCCCAAUCACAACAAGCCCACCAACAACAACUAUGGCCCCAAGUACAACAAGUGCUCCAACAACAACAGCAGCCCCUACCACAACAAGCCCACCAACAACAACUAUUGCCCCAACUACAACAGGUGCUCCAACAACUACUGAAGCCCCUACGACAACAGGCCCACUAACAACAACAACUAUGGCCCCAACAACAACAAGUGCUCCAACAACAACUGCAGCCCCUACCACAACAAGCCCACCAACAACAACUAUGGCCCCAACUACAACAAGUGCUCCAACAACAACAGCAGCCCCUACCACAACAAGCCCACCAACAACAACUAUUGCCCCAACUACAACAGGUGCUCCAACAACUACUGAAGCCCCUACGACAACAGGCCCACUAACAACAACAACUAUGGCCCCAACAACAACAAGUGCUCCAACAACAACUGCAGCCUCUACCACAACAAGCCCACCAACAACAACUAUGGCCCCAACUACAACAAGUGCUCCAACAACAACAGCAGCCCCUACCACAACAAGCCCACCAACAACAACUAUUGCCCCAACUACAACAAGUGCUCCAACAACAACUGCAGCCCCUACCACAACAAACCCACCAACAACUAUGGCCCCAACUACAACAAGUGCUCCAACAACAACUGCAGCCCCUACCACAACAAGCCCACCAUCAACAACUAUGGCCCCAACUACAACAAGUGCUCCAACAACAACUGCAGCCCCUACCACAACAAGCCCACCAACAACAACUACGGCCCCAACUACACCUUCCAUCAACAAGUGGUCAAACAACAACAGAAGCCCCUACCACCACAAGCCCACCAACAAUAACAAUUGCCCAGACAACAACCAGUGCUCCAACAACAACAGAAUCCCCUACCACAACAAGCUCUCCAACAACUAUGGCUCCAACUACAACAGGUUCUCCAACAACAUCUGA